AUGAAGUUGAGCACACUUAUCCUUGGUCUUUUACCGCUCGUCGGGGUCCUCGCUACACCGUGCGAUGAUUGCAACCGCCAAUCCCCCGAUCUCUCGGCUCUCUCACAACCCCUGUUGGAAAGGGAUUUGACUUUCGACGAUGCAAAGACAAGAGGCAUUAAACGCAUGGCCGAUAUGACGAAGGCCGUCGCUAAUGGUGUCGACAAAACAGGCGGCGACGAGAAGCUCAAGCAGUUCACCGAAAGCCCGGCGGCCAAUAGACAGUAUACGCAGACGGCUAAUAUCAACUACCGCACCCAACUUCAGUCCUUCCUAGGAGUUGAUGGCGGAAAAGAGACCUUCUAUAACGUGGAGCUGAAGGACAAGGGCCUAAUUGGCGGGAAUGUGUACUGCGACGCCACGUACAGUCCUGAAACUGGCGUCAUCGCAGCUGACAACAGACAGAAGACAGAGUGUAUUGAUAUGUCUGAAGCCUUGUUCUGGGAGUAUAUACAGGUCGCCGCGACGCACAACAUCCCCGUGACAGGGAUCAAAGGCCUCGUGAUGCACCAGAUAACCAAUGACGAUACCAAGGGCAUCAUCGAGGCGAUCUAUAAGAGGGAAAAUAAGGACCAGACUAAGCACGAUCUAAUCGUCCAAUUUGGAACGGACGAGUUCUACGCCAUGCUUGGCACUCCCAAUGGUGCGUCGGCGACGUACAUGCUUGGGGACCAUCCCAAGGCAAUUGGCAAGACGACAAUAGGUUCCAUUAUGCUCAUCGGGGGCGCAACGAAUUCCCUGAUAUUCAAGUACGCGUAG